AUGAGCCAGGAUAACUCUGACGAAUGGGUGUCGACGUCUGGAGAAUCCGGAGAGGUGGCAAAGGAGGAAGGGUCUGAUGAAUGGGUGUCGACAUCCGACGAGUCUGGAGAGGCGAAUGAGCCUGGUGAAGGUGCCCAGCAAAAUACUGCUACUGGAUCCUCUGGAUCGCGAAAGGGCAAAGAAGCCCAGCUUUCGUUUGAAAAGAAGACUCAGGAGGAAGUAGUAGAAGAAGCAACCGCAACCCGCCGACGCAGCUCAUCUCUAUCCGAGGGCCUAGCCAACCUCUCCGUUGAAUCGUACAACGCGGCUCUCCCCCCACAACCACCGCCCUCGCCCCCCCACGUAUCCAAAUUCCCGCAUCAAUUCAAGCAUGGGCCUGAGCACGACCGCACGCGCUCGCCCAAAUCAAAUUUACCAGACUACCACGACCCAGAGUCCAGUACGCAGCGCCGCGGCCCAGGCGUCCCGCGCAACCCCGUCUCGGAUACGUGGCGCGACGAUGCGUAUGAGAAGAAGAAGGCGACUAUGGACAAGAUCAUCGAUCCGGCCAAGAUGCAGGAUCGGUGGAAGUGCGAGUACUGCAAUCACUUCAAUGACAGAGGAAUUACGGAUGUUAUUCCUCCAGUCAAGACACGAAAGAAAGAAUCCGGUGGCGUCUCCAAACACGCAACGCAAGCCCCAAUCCCGAUUCCCAAUCCGCCCGCUCCCGGCGUGGGGCCCGGCGAGCAGGUCAAGUGUGCGUACUGCGGCGAGCAAAUGUUCGCUGAGAUGUCGCGCUACGACCCGCGCGAAAUGGCCGAGGACGGCGUCCGCUGGGACCAAAUCGAGCAGCCUGACAAUGUCAAAAAUGCCAUGAAAGAGGUGGCUGGGGUGGCGGCACAUGAGCGCGUCCAGGAGCGCUGGGAGGGCGACAGGAAGAGGAGUAUUCAGGAGCUGGAAGAGCAGAAGAGGAAGAAGAGUAUUGCGGAUAGUGUUGUGGGUGGCGGCGAGGAAACGAGAAAGGCGGAGGAAGAAGGGGAGGAAGAGAGUGAGAGCGAAAGCCCGUUGGAUCCGAGUGCUGAACCGCAGAAUAUAUGGUGA